AUGGUAGGCAAAAUGUUGAAAGAAAAUAAGAUUCCUCACAAUCUAUUCAAACAUUACUUUACCAUGAUACUCAAUUUACUCUUUAUUAUUUUGUCGUCUAAUCGUGGAAACAGUGCAGGGAUAAAGAAAAAACGAAAUCUUUUAAGGGUAGGUUUUUUUGCUUUUUUAGUUUACAAGAACUGUGCUGAAGUUUACAAAAGCGGUAACAAGAUCAGUGGUGUGUAUAAAAUCAAUCCUGAUGGUUUGGGCGAAUUUGAAGUGUUCUGUGAUCAGAAAACAGCCGGUGGAGGUUGGACAGUGUUUCAGAAGAGGCGAGAUGGCUCUGUUGAUUUCUUCCGCGCUUGGAAUGAUUACAAACGCGGUUUUGGCAAUCUGAACGGCGAGUUUUGGCUCGGUUUGGACAAGAUACAUCGGCUGACUGUAACUGGUGGUUACAAACUUCGAGUGGACUUGGAAGAUCAUCAAGGCAAAACCGCAUUUGCCGAGUACAGCUCAUUUGAAGUGACAAGCGAGAGAGCAAAAUAUCAGCUAAGUUUGGGAAGUUAUUCAGGUAAAACCCGUUGUGCGCUAAAAUCGUUGACUUUAUUACUUCUGGGAAAUUUACCAAAUCCCCCCCACCCCAUGUUAACUUCUCACUCACUGGGAAAUUAGGGCAAUAAUGUUGGAUUAGAGGAGGGGUAGGUGAGCAGUUUUCCAGAUCUUCUUCUCCCAUCUGCAUCGACUACACGACAAUAAGUGCGAAUGAAGUUGGAGUAUAGAUGAAUUCAAAUAGUUUAACAGACUGAUUGAAGUACACAACUAAUAAUGAGCUUAAGCAACGUCACGACGACGGCAAGAGCAGCGAAAACGUCACCCAAAAAGUGAAUUCGCGUCGUUUUAAUCUCAAAAUAUUUAACUUGUCAAAUGUUGGCGAUCAUCUUAGGAGUUGAAUUCUAAAGAACUGUAUCUACGUUCACAAAAAAAUAAAGAAAAUCCUUGUCUUGUGUUCACGUCCUCCAUAAAACGUCAAAUUAGGAAGUCGUGCAGAGUUGUUGCCAAUCUAAACCUAUUGCCUUGUUGCCGUUCUCGUUGCCAUCACCGUCGUCGUCGCUUUUAAAAGCUCUCUAAUAUAAAGGGCUGAACUUUUGAGGGUACUUUCACCAAUCUCAACUGCACAAAGCACCUUGGUGACUAAAAGUGUUUUUGGCCAAGUUCUGUUUAUUAUAUGGUAAGUACAGCUAUACAGCAACCAUUUGGCAAAAAAAUCAUGCGACAACUUCACUGUGUCUUAAAUAACGACAAUAAUUAUUAAGGCUACUACUAUCCGGACACUGAGGAGACCAGCACAACUAGUUUCCGACUCACCUGACAGCCUACAAGACGAGACUGAUUAUCUUAACAACGUUUUUAGUAAGAACAAUUACAACACGGACUUUGUUAGACGGAACACUCACAGUAACACUGAUUCCAACACUCAGACCAACUCUGGCCCUGUUACGACAGCGACUAUACCGUACAUCAGAGGCACCUCUGAAACUAUUGCACGUAUAUUACAACCUUACAAUAUACGUGUUGCACACAAACCGAUAACCACUUUACGGCGACUGCUUACUAAUGUCAAGGACAAAGACAAACCAGAGGACAGACAGGGAGCAGUAUACAAGAUCAAAUGCUGAGCCUGCUGGGCUUCUUACAUUGGUGAAACCGGCAGAAACCUAAGCACGCGACUGACCGAACACAAACGAGCGACGAGGAAUGGUGACGUUAACAAUCACAUUGCUGAGCACCAUUUAAAGACGAAACAUCAAAUUGACUGGGACUCUGCGACAUGUAUAACGUAUUCUACAGACUACUAUCAACGUCUUACUUUAGAAAGCUGGUUUACUAACUUAGAACAAACGCCACUGAAUCGUAGCCAACAGUUACCAGCGCCGUACAAACGACUUAUUGACAAGAUCAAGCAAAACUAACUACGAGAGAACUACUGGAGAACUGACAAUUUGACUAACAAUAGACGACUGUUUAACUGUGACAAUAGACGGAUCGAAAUGCACCAAUUACUGAUUACGAGUCUUCAUAGCCAAUAACAUCACGGCUUAACUGACAGACGACCAAUGACAUCGCGACGUAAUUGACCAAUCAAAUCAAUAACCAGAGUAUAAUACCAUCAACUGACGUGAUACAACUCACUUUGACUCUGAAGAUGACUACAGCACAGGUUGUUGAAACGUCAGUCAGUGCCAACAACAAUAGUCCUAUUCAGGACUACGUUCACCCGGACGAUCAAACUCAACCUACUUUUGACAAUAAUUAUUCAUUCAAAAUAUUUCUCCUUUUCUGAUAGGCUAAAAUCCCACGCAUAAUUCAUUACAACCAGCUACUGUUAGCAAAAUUGGAAGAAUUUUGCGAAAAAUGAAGUAGCAUAAUUGCCAUAACACUGCACACUCAGUUAACCGAGAAAACCUGGGGACGAGAUUAUUAGUUUUUUUGGUAGUGAAUACAAAAUAGCGGAACCUUUCACUCGUUUCAAGAGGAAGAAAUAGAAGAAUAGAAGACCUAAUGGCUAAAAAGAAAGCAAGAACGGCAAGAAGACAACUCGACGGACGACAUCUGCUAUUUGGAUAAUAUUUGCAGUACUGAACAACCCUUUAUCCUAAACUUGCCGAUAACCAGGCAAUUGAAGAAGACCUUAAUAUCGACGGAGGCAAGCAUGCUUUGGCUUGUUUUUAACCUAGGAAUUAUUUUGAAUAAAUAAUAAAACAAUUAUUGUACUCGGCUUUCGUAUCAUUAGAAGAAUUACGGACAUCUUGGAGGGUGUUAUCCGCCCCGGCCGAUAACACCCUCCUCGAUCUCCAUAAUUCUUCGGAUGACACCAAGCCUCAUCCAAUAGUAAUUGUUAAUUAUGAUCUCAGGUACCGCUGGUGAUGCACUUGGUUAUCAUCGUGGUAUGUCAUUUUCCACCAAUGAUCGUGAUAAUGACAAGUUUGGUAGCAACUGCGCCUUGAUAUAUAAAGGCGCCUGGUGGUACAAAAAUUGUCACUGGUCCAACCUGAAUGGUCUGUACCUCAAUGGUAAGGUCGAUGUCAAUGGAGUGACCUGGUACUACUGGAAAAACAGCAACUAUUCUGUCAAGAGGUCCGAGAUGAAGAUUCGACCGAAAGAUUUUUAA